UCCGCUCUCCGCCCCCAACCCGGCUGCACGCUGGCCGCCCCCGGGGUCCCCGCCGCCGCGGCUCCGGCCAUGGGCGAGGAGGACUACUACCUGGAGCUGUGCGAGCGGCCCGUGCAGUUCGAGAAGGCGAACCCCGUCAACUGCGUCUUCUUCGAUGAGGCCAACAAGCAGGUUUUUGCUGUUCGAUCAGGUGGAGCUACUGGAGUAGUGGUGAAGGGCCCAGAUGAUAGGAAUCCCAUCUCAUUUAGAAUGAACGACAAAGGAGAGGUGAAGUGCAUUAAGUUUUCUUUAGAAAAUAAGAUCCUGGCUGUCCAGAGGACCUCCAAGACUGUGGACUUUUGUAAUUUUAUCCCUGACAAUUCUCAGCCGGAGUACACACAAGAGUGCAAGACCAAGAAUGCCAACAUACUAGGAUUCUGCUGGACCAGUUCUACAGAAAUUGUCUUCAUAACAGAUCAGGGAAUCGAGUUUUACCAGGUGCUGCCUGAGAAGAGGAGUCUGAAACUCCUGAAGAGUCACAACAUCAAUGUGAACUGGUACAUGUACUGUCCUGAGAGCGCCGUGAUCCUCCUGUCUACCACUGUCCUCGAGAACAUUCUUCAGCCUUUUUAUUUUAGGGCUGGCACUAUGUCAAAGCUGCCCAAGUUUGAGAUUGAGUUACCAGCUGCGCCGAAGUCAACUAAACUUAGCCUUUCAGAACGAGACAUCGCGAUGGCCACCAUAUACGGGCAGCUGUACGUUCUCUUCCUGCGGCAUCACUCUCGGACCUCCAAUAGCACGGGAGCAGAGGUGGUCUUGUACCACCUUCCGCGGGAGGGUGCCUGUAAAAAGAUGCAUAUCCUGAAGUUAAACAGGACAGGGAAGUUUGCCCUAAAUGUGGUAGACAACCUGGUAGUUGUCCAUCACCAGGACACAGAGACGUCAGUAAUUUUUGACAUCAAAUUACGGGGCGAGUUUGAUGGCAGUGUCACCUUCCACCACCCUGUGCUUCCAGCUCGAUCGAUCCAGCCCUAUCAGAUCCCUGUGGCAGCAGGUCCUGCUGCUGUGACUAACCAGUCUCCUGUUCCAUGUAAACUCUAUUCUUCAGCCUGGAUUGUCUUUCAACCUGACAUCAUUAUCAGUGCAAGCCAAGGUUACCUCUGGAACCUCCAGGUGAAACUUCAGCCUAUCGUAAAUCUCUUGCCGGAUAAGGGAAGGCUGAUGGACUUUCUUCUUCAGAGGAAGGAGUGUAAGAUGGUCAUACUGUCUGUCUGCUCACAGAUGUUGAGUGAGUCAGACAGAGCCACACUGCCUGUGAUCGCCACCGUCUUUGAUAAACUCAACCAUGAGUAUAAAAAGUACUUGGACGCCGAGCAAAGUUACAUGGUGGCAGUAGAAGCGGGACAGAGCCGGAGCAACCCACCUCUCAAGAGGCCGGUGCGGACCCAAGCCGUGGUGGACCAGUCCGACAUGUACACCCACGUGCUGUCAGCGUUCACGGAAAACAAGGACACACCGCACAAGUUUGUGGUGGCCGUGCUCAUGGAGUACAUCCGCUCUCUGAACCAGGUCCAGAUUCCCGUGCAGCAUUACCUCCACGAGCUCGUCAUCAAGACGCUGGUCCAGCACAGCCUCUUCUACAUGCUGCACCAGUUCCUGCAGUACCACGUGCUCAGCGACUCCAAGCCCCUGGCUUGUCUGCUGCUGUCCCUAGAAAGCUUUUACCCCCCUGCCCACCAGCUGUCUCUGGACAUGCUGAAGCGACUUUCGACAGCGAAUGACGAGAUAGUGGAAGUUCUUCUGUCCAAGCACCAGGUGUUGGCUGCCUUAAGGUUUAUCCGGGGCAUUGGUGGACAUGACAACAUAUCUGCCAGGAAGUUCUUAGAUGCUGCAAAGCAGACAGAGGACAACAUGCUCUUCUACACCAUAUUCCGCUUCUUUGAACAACGAAACCAGCGCUUGCGGGGGAGCCCUAACUUCACGCCAGGAGAACACUGUGAUGAACAUGUUGCUUUUUUCAAGCAGGUUUUUGGAGACCAAGCUCUUAUGAGGCCUACAACGUUCUAAAAUCUCUUGCUAGUUUUUUUUAAAUAUAAAAAUGUGUAUAAAGUUAAUUUAUUGCAUUAAUAAAGCUCUUUUAAACUACAAAAUGUAAUAAAGUAUAUCUACAACAUCCUCAAA